UCGCUCAAGAAGAUGUUUCCGCAGUCCGGGAAGUCAAUCGUCUUCGACAACUUUCCUGAUCCCUCGGACACCUGGGAGAUUGUCGAGACCAUCGGGAAAGGAACUUAUGGAAAGGUGUACAAAGUCCUGCACAAGACGAAUGGAAGCAAGGCGGCUGUCAAAAUUCUUGACCCCAUCCAUGACAUUGAUGAGGAAAUAGAGGCCGAAUACAACAUCCUCAAGGCUCUCUCAGACCACCCCAAUGUUGUCAAGUUCUACGGGAUGUUCUACAAAAAGGACAUGAAGAAUGGUGACCAGCUCUGGCUGGUUCUAGAGCUGUGCAACGGAGGCUCUGUGACAGAACUGGCGAAAGGCCUGCUGAAGAGAGGUGACCGAAUGGAUGAGGCAAUAAUCGCCUACAUCCUGCAUGAAGCACUCAUGGGCCUUCAGCACCUUCAUGCAAACAAGACGAUCCACCGUGAUGUCAAGGGCAACAACAUUCUGCUGACCACCGAGGGAGGGAUUAAGCUGGUGGACUUUGGUGUGUCGGCCCAGCUGACCAACACUCGGCUGCGCAGGAACACCUCGGUGGGAACACCCUUCUGGAUGGCCCCGGAGGUAAUCGCUUGUGAGCAGCAGCUGGACUCAACGUACGACGCCCGCUGCGAUGUGUGGUCACUGGGCAUCACCGCCAUCGAGCUUGGUGAUGGAGACCCACCGCUUGCCGACCUUCACCCAAUGAGGGCUCUCUUCAAAAUUCCAAGGAAUCCUCCCCCAACUCUGCACCAGCCAGAGCUGUGGUCCAACGAAUUCAAUGACUUCAUCCGCAAAUGCCUCAUAAAGGACUUUGAGCUGAGACCCAAUGUGCACGAGCUACUCCAGCAUGCCUUCCUCACACAAGUGGCUGGAAGGGAGAGAACCCUUCAGAAGCAGCUGAUGGAGCUCAUCGAUCUCAACCAGCAAAUGGGAGUCAUCGAGAAAACAAGCCAACAUGGGAAGGCUGAAAGAGGCACAGACGCUAACGACAGGCAUGAGCGAAUCCACACCAAGAAAGGCAGCCACAUGAAGUCCUUAAAUGCCACCCCCAUUGAGGUCGACGACUUAGCCACCCUUGAAGUGCUUGAUGAAAACACGGUCACUGACCACCUGCAAAAACGAUACUCAAAGAACCAGAUCUAUACCUAUGUGGGAGAUAUUCUUAUUGCAGUCAACCCCUUCCACAACAUGGAUCUAUAUGACCCACAGUACCAGAAGGACUACAUUGGAGCCAAGCGUACCGCCAACCCGCCUCACAUCUUCGCUGUAGCAGACAUAGCGUAUCAGUCCAUGGUCUCCUACAACACCGACCAGUGCAUUGUCAUCAGUGGAGAGAGUGGUGCGGGGAAGACGGAGAGCGCCCACCUGCUCGUCCAGCAGCUGACGGUGCUCGGAAAGGCGAAUAAUCGCACCCUUCAGGAGAAGAUCCUGCUGGUCAAUAACUUGGUUGAAGCCUUUGGAAAUGCCUGCACCGUCAUUAACGACAACUCGAGCCGGUUUGGGAAGUACCUUGAGAUGAAGUUCACGAAUGGCGGAACUGUGGUGGGAGCGCAGAUCUCUGAAUACCUCUUGGAGAAGUCGAGAGUCAUUCACCAGGCUGUAGGAGAACGGAACUUCCAUAUUUUAUACUAUAUCUACGCUGGUCUGGCGGAGCGGAAAAAACUGGCUCAUUACAAGCUGUCAGACAGCAAAACACCAAGGUACCUGCACAAUGAGCACAUCAAGUUAGUGGCCGACAUCCUAAACAGCCAGCACUACAAGGAGCAGUUUGAGUCCGUGGAGCAGUGCUUCAAAGUCAUCGGAUUUACCCUUGAGGAGCUGGGAAGUGUGUACAGCAUUCUGGCGGCAGUUCUCAACACUGGUGACAUAGAGUUCACGUCGGUGGCCACCGAACACCAGACGGACAAGAGCAACAUCACGAACAUGGCCAUGCUGGACAGCGUGGCAUCCCUGCUCUUCAUCCGCCCAGAUGAGCUGCAGGAGGCUCUGACAUCCCACUGCGUAGUGACCCGGGGAGAGACCAUUGUCCGGUCCAACACGGCCGAGAAGGCCGUCGAGGUGCGAGACGCCAUGGGAAAAGCCCUGUACGGUCGCCUCUUCAGCUGGAUUGUGAACCGCAUCAACUCCCUGCUGAGGCCCGAUGGCCAGCUGAGUGAGGAGGACAAGGGUCUCAAUAUUGGCAUCCUUGAUAUAUUUGGGUUUGAGAACUUCAAGAAGAACUCAUUUGAGCAGCUGUGCAUCAACAUCGCCAAUGAGCAGAUCCAGUUCUACUUCAAUCAGCACAUAUUUGCCUGGGAGCAGGAUGAAUACCUGAAUGAGGACGUGGACGCACGCGUGAUAGAGUAUGAGGACAACCGUCCGCUCCUGGACAUGUUUCUGCAGAAGCCCAUGGGCUUGCUGUCACUCCUGGAUGAGGAGAGCCGCUUUCCACAGGCAACGGACCAGACCCUUGUAGAAAAGUUUGAAGACAACCUGAAGUCUAAAAACUUCUGGAGGCCAAAAAGAGUCGACCUGGGAUUUGGUAUUCAUCAUUAUGCAGGAAAGGUCAUCUACAAUGCAGGUGGAUUCCUGGCGAAGAACAGAGAUACUCUUCCAGCAGAUAUAGUUCUACUGCUCAGAUCCUCUGAGAAUGAACUGAUUCGCAAGCUGGUUACUCACCCUCUCACCAAGACAGGAAACCUGGCCCACACCAGGGGUAAAACCAUGGGGACGAUGCAAACACGCACCCCGCAGCGCACCCUCAAUUUCUCCAAGAUGGGAAUGCUAAUGUUGUUCAGUUCAUUAUCAGUCAGUGAGGCUAACAGUGCUGAGUCGACUCAUCACCCCAGAGAAACAACCAACAUGAGAACGCAAACCGUAGCAUCUUAUUUCAGAUACUCUCUGAUGGACCUGCUGUCGAAGAUGGUGGCUGGGCAGCCACACUUUGUACGAUGUAUCAAACCAAAUAAUGAUCGCCAGGCCAACAAGUUUGAUAGGGAGAAGGUGCUGGUCCAGCUCCGCUACACCGGAAUUUUGGAAACGGCUAAAAUCCGUCGCCAAGGGUACUCCCAUCGCAUUCUCUUUGCUAAUUUUAUCAAAAGGUAUGCCAUCCUGACCUUCAGGGCAAAUGAGGAGCCCACCAUAAGCCCGGAAACUUGUGCAGCCAUACUGGAGAAGGCAAAGCUGGAAAACUGGGUUUUAGGGAAAACUAAAGUAUUCCUGAAGUACUACCAUGUGGAGCAGCUGAACCUGAUGGUGAGGAGGAUGACGGACCGCAUUGUCUUGGUUCAGGCCUGUGUGCGGGGCUGGUUGGGCGCAAAGAGGUAUCGCAAGAUACUGGAAAGGCGGGAGCACAGCGCCGUGGUCUUACAGUCCGCUUACAGAGGAUAUAAAGUCAGGAAAGAAGUCAUAGAUGAUAAGAAUAAAGCUAAGCUGGAGGCUCACAUCAUUCAGUUCCAGGCUGUGUGCAGAGGGUACCUUGCAAGGAAACAAUACAAGGAGUUAAUUGAUGAGAAGAAUAAAGCUGCUACCAAGAUUCAAGCUCGUUACAGGGGCUACAAGGAGAGGAAGAGUUUCCAGAAGAAAAAAGAGGCUAUUCAGGCAGAAAAACAAGCAAAGCCUGGCAUGCAAGAGGGGGCCCCAACAGAGAAUGUGGGCGAUGUCUUUGAGGAGACCAACCACCCAUCACAGAGAAGCGACCCUGAGGAUGAUGAGACUAAAGCCGCUGUGGUCCUUCAGAGCAACUACAGGGGCUACCAGGAGAGGAAAAAGUUCAAAGAACGACAGAAAACCAAAGCUGGCCAAGAGAUUGCAGAGGAUGUCCAAGCAGCUCUUGACUUUGAGGACAUUCAGACAGAGGUAGAGGUAAACUCCAGACAGAACACCAACCUGGAAGAGAGGUGUGAGAGUGCUGGGGAGGAUAUUGAUUUGGAACAGGAGGCAAAAGCUGCUACGGUCAUCCAGAGCAAUUUUCGAGGACAUAAGGAACGAAAGAAGCUUGAGGAGGAGGGGAAGAUGCCUCGCAGAAGCAAGGGAACAAAAACCCCUGAACAGGGAGGACAGCCUGCUGCUGAGCCUGUCCAACCCCCAGAAGAAGAGGCCAAAGCAGAAACCCUGGGAGCAGAAGAAGAGGAGGCUAAAGCUGCUGUGGUCAUCCAGAGCAACUUCCGUGGGCAUAAGGAACGCAAAAGACUGCAGGAAGAGGGAAAGAUACCCAAGAAGAAGCAGGUGGUACAAAACGAACUGUAUGAGGCAGAGGAAGAUCUAAACCCAGAAUCGGGGCUAAACAAUGAAGAAGCGAAGGCAGAUGAGGAGAAAGCAGCUACAGUGCUGCAGAGCAACUUCAGAGGCCACCGAGAGAGGAAGAGGUUGAAGGAAGAGAGAGAAUGGAGGAAAGCAUCUGACAAGGGCACAGAAGAGACCCUGGAGCUCAGUGAUGUUAAGAUAGAACAUACAGAACCCAUGCAAGACGAUCCCAUGGAGGAAGAGAAGGCUGCAGUAAAAAUCCAGAGUAAUUUCCGGGGUUACAAAGACAGAAAGAACCUUAAGGCAACAGCUGAUAAAGAAAUGGAGGAACUGGAACAUUUUUCUAAAGAAGUAAGCAGAGCAUCUGAAAACUACUUGGCUCUUCAGAAGAAGCUCAAUGAAAUCAUUCUAGCUCACCAGAUAAACCCUGCCAACAAUGGUAUGUUUAUGAAAGGAAAGCAACUCAACGGUUACACUGCAGGCCUACAGACAGUUGACCUUAAGCAGACGAGAACGCCACGCAGGACACAGAAGCCAAAAACACUGAACACUCCUGAGGACUCAACGUAUUACAACUUGAUCCAUAGAUCAAUCCAAGAUGAUAAACGAAGGCCAAGGAAACAAAGUCCAGGAAAACUGCUGGACAUGGAUGACCCUUAUUAUCAAGGGCUUUCAACAAGCAAGUCUGCACCCUCCAUCUCCAGCGAGGGUAGUGCUCCCAGCAGGAGGUCAUCCUGUGAGAGGAAGCUAUUUGCUGAGAGGCCAGCUUCAGAACCAGAUGUCCCCAAGCCCUCCAAAGAGAAACGACACUCCCUACCCAGAAUGCCAUCCAUGGAGAACGAGGCUGACGACAACCCGUACGACUACAGAAAGCUUCUCAGGAAGACCUCACAGAGACAGAGGCUCAUAAAGCAGCACUAG